GCUACACGCUUGCAUGACCACACACAGUGUUCAUCGGCCAAAAAAAUCAACACACCAAUUCCGUGCAAGUGAGAGCAAAAUCAUCAAAAAUGUGCCAUUAAAACGUAGAAAACUGCCCAAAACUAUUGGCAGAAGUUGCGUUAGCUCGUAAAGUUGUGUUUUAAACAGUUAUUCAGCACUGUCCAACGGCAGAGAGUCUAGAAAAUCGUUUCUAUAGAGCCACACACCAAGCAGUCAUUCUUACGUGUGGGAGUUCCGUAAACCACCCGCGAUAAAAAAGAUCUGUUUCGGAUAAAAGAACAGCAAAAUACGAUAGGAGAAUGGAAGAUAUUUUCCAUUGGUGUCGUGAAGGAAAUUCGAUUCAGGUUCGCCUGUGGCUGGACGAUACCGAGCAUGAUAUGAAUUUGGGUGAUGAUCACGGGUUUUCCCCGUUACACUGGUGUGCGAAGGAAGGACAUACCAAGCUGGUGGAGAUGCUGUUGCAUCGUGGAGCACGGGUCAAUGCAACGAACAUGGGCGACGAUAUACCUCUGCACUUGGCAUCUGCCCAUGGUCAUUAUGAUAUUGUACAGAUGCUUGUACGCCAUCGAUCGGAUGUGAAUGCGGCGAAUGAGCAUGGAAACACGCCACUGCAUUAUGCAUGCUUCUGGGGCUAUCAGGCCAUUGCGGAGGAGCUGGUCAAUAAUGGGGCAUUGAUUUCGCUGGCCAACAAGGACGGCGACACACCGUUGGAUAAGGCAAAAACGUUACUAGCUACACGUUUGCACAAUCUGGCGGUAGAAAGUGGACAGGAGCUGAAGAAGAUCAGUUUCAAGGAUCAGGGCUGGUCCGGUAUGAAAACGCGCUCCCGUGAUGCUACGCUGUCCCGUUUCAAGGGUAUCAACAUCCAGGAGCUGACACUGCACAACAAGGUAGCGAUAACGCCCGGCGGUGAAACAUGGCGUGGCCGCUGGCAGAACAACGAAAUCAUUGCAAAGAUACUUGCGAUACGCGAGUGUACCGCACGGGUGGCACGCGACUUUAACGAAGAGUUUCCGAAGCUACGAAUUUUCUCCCAUCCCAACAUUUUGCCCGUACUAGGAGCGUGCAAUGCACCGUCAAGUCUGAUCGUUAUCAGUCAAUAUAUGCCACGCGGAUCGCUGUACGAUUUGCUCCACGGUACGGCAGGGAUUGUGGUUGAUACGGCACAAGCUGUCCGGUUUGCGCUCGACAUUGCGCGCGGUAUGGCGUACCUGCACUCACUCGAGCGCAUAAUUCCGGAAUAUCAUCUGAACAGUUUCCACGUUAUGAUCGACGAUGAUCUAACUGCACGCAUCAACAUGGCAGACGCAAAGUUCUCGUUCCAGGAGCGUGGCCGUGUUUAUCAGCCCGCCUGGAUGAGCCCGGAAAUGUUGCAGAAAAAGCGUGGCGAACGUAACUGGGAGGCGUGCGACAUGUGGAGCUUUGCGAUCUGCAUCUGGGAGCUGGCAACGCGAGAGAUUCCGUUCGCCGAUCUGACACCGAUGGAGGCGGGUAUGCGGAUCGCUACGGAGGGUUUGCGGGUAACGAUUCCGCCCGGCACUUCGCCCCAUCUGGCGAAGCUGAUCAAAAUCUGCAUGAAUGAGGAUCCGGGCAAGCGCCCAACGUUCGACAUGAUCAUACCGAUACUCGACAAAAUGAAGCGUUAAAUCGUUGCCUAGAACGAUACAUUCGUCGGUUUGUGCCUUUUCACCAGUGUGUGAGCCUCUUUGUGACAAUAGUGCCUUUCGAACGCAACGUGUGCAACGAGAACUAACCCUGAAGGAUUAUUUAUUUCCCUCCCUAAUGUUUCUACUCCAUAUGCCAAAUUUGCAAAUGAAGCAACAAUGAAUGUUAAAACAUCCUUUUUAAUCGAUCCUUUUUCCAUCAACUCCCUAACGGUGCCUUAACUAUAACAAAAACAAACGAGAAGUGAAGGAAAGUAUUACACAGGUGUAACGAAACUGAAUCCAAUAUUUACAUCUUCGUUUCUCACGUUUAGACAAAGCGUAAAAACGGUACGGAAGCACAAAAACGGGUUCGAAAAUGUUACGUUUCAACUCAUGAUGGUGUUCGUUGUGUUUUCUUUUUUGUUUUAAAUGUUUUAUGUUGUAAUCGUUUGUCGACGCGAAGUAACUCUCACGGCAACUAAACAAUCUUAACUGUGCGUUGUAGUUAUUUAGACUUAAUCGAUGUAUUUUUACACAAGUAAUAAAACAAACAUUUAACCAA